AUUAAUCUCCCAAGAAUAAAAAUGGCAAGUAAAGACUCGAAAUGCCUCUCGAAAUGUUGCUUUCUCGAAUGGACGAGACUCGAGAAGCAAUCCCUCUCGGAGCUUCAACAAGUUCUCAGCCCGAGUCCACCCGACGACGACACCGAGUUAACUCGCCUCGUCCACAAGGAGGUCAAACAGUUUGAAAACUACGUUGACCGCCGACGUCAGCUCUCCAAAGCUGACGUGGCGUGCUUCUACGCCCCCACGUGGUGCACCCCAUGGGAGAACUCUCUCCUCUGGAUCGCUGGCUGCCGACCCUCCUCCUUCAUCCGGCUCGUCUACGCGCUCAGCGGGCUCGAGCUGGAAGCCAAGCUCGAAGAGUUCCUCAAAGUCGGCGGCGGCGGCUCAGACGUGAAGCUCGGCGACCUUUCUGCGAAGCAGAUGGUCCUUGUGGACGGCUUACAGAGGAGGACGAUAAAAGAGGAGGAGAAGCUUACGGCUAAGUUGGCUGGUCUUCAGGAAGACGUAGCUGAUCAGCCGAUAGCCGCCAUAGCGAAAAAGCUGAGCCAGGUCGGCGAGAUGUGUGGCGAGCUUGACAAGGCUUUGGAGGAGCACGAGCGAGCCAUGGUGACGGCUUUGGAAGAGGCUGACGUGUUAAGACUGAACACGGUCAAGGAGAUUCUUGAGAUUUUGACACCGGUUCAGGCCAUUGAUUUUCUGGCCACGAGUAAGAAGCUUCAUCUCAGUGUUCACGAGUGGAGUAAGAAGAGGGACCAGUGCUGCCAUGGACCAUGGUAGAUCAUGAUGCAACCAAAUUCUUCUUCUUCUUCUUCUUCUUCUUCUUCUUUAGUUUUCUAUCUAAAAGUUUUAGUUUUGGCUUAGAUUCUCUUCUUCUUCUUUGGUGUGUUUCUGCAAAAGUUUGAAUGAACUAAUAAGACUGACAAAAUCUAUGCAGUUCGUUCGCACAUUAUGG